GCUCGCUGCGCGAUCUGCAGCGGCUGAUGCGGCGGGACCACCCUGUGUCGCGCGACGUGCUGGUUCAGCUGGGUCGGUGGGACAUCGUUCGCACGGACCUCGUUCCCAUCAUCUGCCGCUACCGCCGCGACUCCUCUCUACUCCUUAACGCCGUCAAGCUGCUGGUGUUCCUUACGAUGCCAUCGCCGCCACCACCGCCUGAUUUGGACGCGGCGGGUCGGCAGCAGCAGCAGAAGCUGCGGCUGGAGCACCACGGAUGCCAGAGGCGUUUCAAGAGCGCGCUGGUGCACGGAACCGGCGCUGUAACGAGUGGGCUUAUACCGAGAAACGGCGGCGCUGCUGGCGCUGCUGCUGCUGCUGCUGGUUACGUGGGGAGUGGGGAGAGCGAUGCCAUCGCGAUCGUGCUGCAGUUGCUCGUAGAUCCUCUCAAGAACAUCCAAAGCGGGCGUGGCAGCAGCGACGACUGGCGGCUGGUGCAGAUGAUCGUCACUCUGGUUCGGAACCUCCUUGCCAUCCCCGACCCUCCGCCGGACGUAUCCUCAGCCUCGGCAUGGGCGCACCUGUGCUUCCUUCAGGACGAUCUCAUUCGCUCUCUCUUCCGCAGCAGCUUCCAAGACAUUCUCCUUUUCCUCAUAUCCUGCCUUCACGCCCCCGAAACCGCCCCGGCUCUUCGCCACGAUAACCUCUUAUUCCUCGAGAUUCUUAAUCUCCUCUUCCGCGAAUUACCUCCUAAGGACGCGGCUGUAGCGGCGUUUCGGGCCGCCGGGGAGGCUGAUGCCGAGGCUGACGCGAGGGAGGACCGGGAGGCUGCCGAACGUCUGGCGGAGGCUAGGCGGCGGGAGAAGGAGCGGGCGGCUCGGAAGGCGCUGGCUCAGAAGAUCACGCAGCGGCACUCCCGGUUCGGCGGGCUCUAUGUGGUUCGGAACGCGGACAAGUCGAGAACAGUCAGCAGCACGCCCUUCUCCCCGCCCGUCCACCAUGCUAUAUUCAGCCAAGUCAGGAGGGGUCCUGUGCGGCGGGUUAUGGGGGGAACGGGCAUCGGCAUGGGGUUGGAUGGUGGUUUGAACGGCGAUGGGGAUGAUGGCAACGGUGGUGAUGCGAGGAAACCAGAUGCUGACGUGGAUGCUUCCCUGGGAUUGGUCGGUGGAACGCGGGCCAAUAGGCGGAGCUCCAGGUGGACGGCGAGGCGGCUGGGGGUGUUUGCCGACCGACUGCUGGCUUCGGGAUGUUACAACGCUGAGUGUGACAAUAGUGAGUGCUCAUGGAGACGUGCUCAUGGAGACGUGCUCAUGGAGACGGUGCGUCGCGACGUAGCCUCCUGGCGGGCGGGCCUAGAGCCCUCUGACACACUCGCCUUCUUCCUCGUGGCUUCCUUCUUCACUGCUUUCCAGCGGGAGAUGCACGGCCUGCGGGGCUGGGGGGGAGGGGGGACAGCUGCAGGCACAGGGGAAGGGGGGAAAGGGGGCGCUGCAGGGGGAAUGGCAGGGGGAGCACGAGAGGCAGCAGGAACAAGGGAAGCGGAACCAGGAAGAGAAGGAGAAUCAGGAGAAGAAAAUGAAAAACAGCAGGCAAAUACAGGAACAGAGGAAGCUUCUAGGAAGGUGGAGCAGAGGGCGGUGCAUGGGUGUGGGCCAAUAGCAGCCACAAUGGAUGAUGACAUGUUCACUCUUGUUUCUGCCCGCUGGGCAGAAUAUGCUGCCCGGGCCAAUCACGAGCGGGCAGCGCUGGUGGCUGCGGGCAGCCUGCUGAAAGAAAUGAUCCACAUGCUAGAUGCCGUGAUAAAAUCCGGAGAGAAUCCCACCCCUACAGCACCGGGCUCGGCCGGCUCUCACCACGAGGUUCCGCAGGGGGUCCGGUGGGAGGUUCGGCGGGAGGUUCGGCUUGCCCGAGCCAUGCUUCUACGACUCUUCUACGACGAUUCAAGCGAUGGGGUGGUGCAUGUGCUGCAGCGGGUGCUGAGGGGCUUCAACCCGCACACUCAGCCGCGCUGCUUGCUGGUGGAUGUUGUGGUGAGGAAGAGCCGUCAGAGGAAGGACAAGGCAGGGAAGGCAAAGGGGAAGGGGAAGAGUGCAGACACGGGCAAGGAAGGGGAUAAGGAGGGAGAGCAGGGGGGAGAUUUGGGGGGAGAGCAGAGGAGUGAGCAGGAGAAGGCCCAGGAGAGAAAUCAGGAGAAAAAUCAGGAGGGAGAGAAAGCUGUGGGUGCAGAUGGUGGCAGUACUGCUGCGGCUGAUAAUGUUGGUAGUGGUGGUGGUGCUGCUGAUGGUGUUGAUCGUGGUAGUGGUGAUAAUGCUGCACCUGAUGCUGCAGAAGAAAGGGGUGAAGAAAUACGUGAAUCAGGAGAAAAGGAAGGGCAGGAGGGGGGGACAGAACAGGGGGAAAGUGGUGGUGGUAACCCUGCUGCUGCUGGUGCUGCUGCUGCUGGUGCUGCUGCUGCUGCUGCUGCUGCUGCUGCUGGCGCUGCAGUUGCUGCUGCUGCUGAUGCUGAAGAUAAUGAAGAGGAAGAGGCAGCAGCACACGGAGAAGGCCCAGAAGAUUCCGAACCAGGCUCGGACCAAGCCUCCGAUGCAGGCUCGGACAUAGGCUCGGAUGCCGAGCCUGGGAACGGCAUAGAGGAGGCGGAGGAGGAGGGUCGGCGGGGGCGGGAGGAGGUUCGGGAAUAUGAACUAGACGUGAAGCGCACUAUAAGGGGGUUUGCUGAAGUGCACGCAGUUAAGAACUGUGUGUGGCUGCUGGAGACGGCCAAUAGCAACGCGCCACGUGUCAACCACUAUGUGCUGUCGCUGCUCAGGAGGUUCACUGUGGGGUGCGAUGCUGAGGCCAUGCUGUUCCAGGUGUAUUCAGGUCUCAACCCUUACACCCUGCACCCUGACAAGCCCCCCAUCUUCCCUGUAACCCCAACCCCCCCUCCCCCCUCCCACCAGGUGUCAACCCUACACACCUUUUACACGCUCCUCACCAGCCCAGACCUCUGCCCGUGUCAACCCUACACACCUUUUACACGCUGCUCACCAGCCCAGACCUCCGCUCCCUCUGCACGCGCCCAUGUUUCUAGGUCACCUAAAGAACGCUCCCUUUCCCCCAUCUCUCCAUCCGCCCUCCCCCCACCCAGGUCUCAACCCUGCACACCUUCUACAAGCUCCUAA